ACAUGACACCUGAUUCCAGGUGAAUGCAGGCAUACGUCACCGCUGCCUGUGUACAACCAAUACAAUUCCAUAGUCGUCUAUUAACAUUGGUGUGUGGAGCAGCGAUCUGAAGGUAGUCCACGAUGGAUUAUUCAAAGGAUCAAAUAAAAUUCAUAUUAUGUGAUUUAAAUAACCUAUCUGCUGCUGAAUUGGAACGUCUCGGGACAGAGCUUGCAGCCAUGAAGAUACAGUCGGCAGUGAACCAAAUGGAGAAAAUCCUGGGGUGUGCAAGCACGCGCGACCACAUCUCACGCCCGGCAUACCUACCCGCCGCUAAGAGAAAGAGACACACCCCAGUGGUGCCUACUCACAGCCAGGACAACUGUAGUGACGGCUCCACAUAUAACCUUCAAGUUAAACCGUGUGAUAGAGAGUCCCCCUGUCAACAAGAGGAGCCGUACCAGACGGUCUUGAGAGAAAAUCACUUGCAUUUGAUGAACGACUUGCAGUUGGAUUCAACACAAUUACUGGACCAACUGUUGGAGGAGGAAGUCAUGUGUACGGCCGAUGUGGAGUCGCUCCGGCGGAUACGUAACAGAAGGAAAAAGACUAGGACACUUCUUACACAAUUGGCCGUAUACGGCCCAAAAAAGUUCGAAAAAUUCAAACAGGCUCUACGCCUCUCUCAUUCGCAUCUCUUCGAGAAACUUGUUAAAACUGAAUCUAAGGAUAAAAGCAUGUUUACCACCAGAGAGUGUCUGGCUUGUAAAAUUGCCCGCGACGUGGACAUCGGUGAUGUUGUGGAUAGAUUGUACAGUUCGGGAGUGCUUCUACGGGAGGAUGUUCAGUAUGUCCUUCAAAGGCAAAGUUGCCGGGAGUCGUGGAUUGUUAUAUUCAAAUGCACAAAAGAUGCUAAAAGUAACGGAUUAAGCGUUCUAUGGGAAUGUUUGAAAUCUAAAUACCCAGAACUAGCAGAGGCGGUCCGAACUGAAACAGAAUACAUCAAAUGCAACUGUAGAAAAGCUAUGAGGAGUGAAAAAGACAACAAACAGCAAUCACUAUUGCCCAUUAGUAGGACUGCAUCUGGACCUUACAAUGUCAUAGACAAUCCAUACAUGUCCAUGCCACGCGACCUCAGUGCGUUGACAGACACGAGCGAACAUACAUAUGAAAAAUGUGUUGAUGGUAGUGAAUGUUUAGAAGCGCCAAUUUAUUGUAAUGUAAGAGAUAUUGGAAUCGACUUCAAAGAGCCACUUUACGAAAACGACACGUUGAAAGACCAAUGUGAAGUUAACGAGUCCUCUAAUUCUAAGGAUAAGAAUGGUAAUGAAGAACGAUACACGCGCAGUCUUUCCUGGGAUAACGCUAUGUAUUACAAUUGCGUCGAGUCUAUCAGUGGCGAAGAGGAUCCUACAUACCUUCACCCUUGUGAAGUUGAUAGCAUGUCUUGUCUAAAUGGUGACCGAAACGGAGAACAAGAUUCCGGAUCACGACGGAGUGAUGAGAGCACUGAAAGUGUCAUUGUCAGACGUGGUGCAGUAAGACGCAGAUAUGGAAGGGAGUCUAAAUAACUACACGAUUGUGCUGAUCAUUGUCUGACAACUGAAUCUCGUUAAGUUGGCCGUUGUCCAUAUUUGGAUGAAAUGUAAAUAAGAUCAUUGGAUAUUAAUAUUUUUUUACCGUCACAAAUGCAUUCUUUUUUCAUUUGAAACUGCCUUGUUUCUGUGAAAUCGUGUCAUCUCUUGCAAUAAAGGCAUACAUAUAGGAUGGACAUGUCUUUUAUUUUAUAACGUUUACCUUUUAAAUGUACAUUCAAACAAGGUUUUUUAACUUUGAAAUAUUUUAUUACUUUCAAGACAAAAAAACAACAACACCCGUGUUAUUCAAAUUAUUGAACCACUUUUGGCAACGAAAAGCUCUAGGUUACAAUUGAUAUAUUCAUUGCUGAAAGGACUCGCUUUUACAUAUGAUCUAACCUGUCACGAGUACUUAUACGUAGAUCAAUAAGUACGUUUCCUUAGUAUUCCUGAUGUGGUUGUGAUCUACGAACAUACAGUCUCAAGCAGUGAUAUAACUCCUGGACUUUUUCUACUGGUUCUUUUUCAUUUGACUCCAUUUAAAUAUUCCCUUUCCUUGUAGUUUGUCUUAGUUUUAUCGAUUUAGAGUUCCAUUAAUGUUUGACAAUAUCAAUUUGUCGACAAUUUAUGUAAUUUUAAAUGAUAAUUUUGUCAAUUUUGAACAAAGGAGAGGCCAAGCUCAGAGAAAACAUCAUGGAUUUAUUGUCAUUUCAAUUAAAAUGGCGUUCAGGACGAAAUAGUGCAAUGCUAUUCAAUUUAUCAGUUGUUUAUCCUUGACACUAGUGUGUGGCGUACUUGUCUGUGUGGGAAUGUGUUCUAGUUCGUACGAAUUUCAAAUCCAGUUUAAUUUGUGUAUGCAUAAUGAGAAAUUAAUUUUAUGUCUAUAUACAUUGAUGUAAAUACAUAUACGUGUAAGUAUAUGAUAACAAUAGAUAAUGUCUUUCUGAUCAACUUUAGGUUGAUAAUCAUUCUUUGAUCACUGCUUAAGCCUGCAUGUUCGUUGAUACAUAAUCAUCACCUGCAUGGUCUUCCUCAUAUGAAUGGCUCAAAGUAGUAUAGACAAGUAGUUAACAACGUCAACGAACUGAAACGUAAACCACAUAGUUUGACUUAGUUUAUUAUAUGUAAAACCUCAAGUAUUUGUCCAAGUUUCUCAUUGACCUUAGGACAUUAGCGUGCAGAUGGGACAAUAAGAUAUGAAUAUAUAAGCAUUCAUGUGUAUAUUCUAGACUGUUACUGGAGGCGUUACAUGUAAGGUUUAAAACCUGCCACUCUAAAACAGGCCACACGAUGUUUGAGCUAUAACCCUGAUACAAUGUGUAAAUGUUCCUUUUCAAGCUAAUCUGCGUUACACUAAAUAUGGGCAUAUUUAACAAAAUCUAGGUUGGUCAAGAAAAGAAACAUGUGCAACGACACCGAAUACAAUAAAACACAACCAUCAUCGACGGGAAAUGUUUUUUUUUCUUUUUCGUUUAUCAACAUCUUUGAAUGCUUUUUAGUUGUCAUACUUAUUAUUCAAUUUCUUAUUUCCUUUUUCACCUGAAUGGGAUUAAAUCUACUACAAAUAUAAUAUUUCAUAAAUCAUAAAACUUCCUUCUAAAGAUUUUUAUUUCUUGUCAUAUAUUCUCGAAAUUAUUAAACUUACAAAAUCUAGUUAAAGUAACCGUAAAUCUUUAUCAAACUGACGAUAACUUGUAUUACCAAUACUCGGACAGGAUACAUUUAUCGUACAACACGGAACUAACUCGGACUGAACAGACACGGAACUACAAGGAAGUAAACGGACACGAACUAACUGGAACUAAAGGACGCAGAGUUGCAAAAACCUAAGGAGCCACGAACUUGCAAGAACUGAGGAGACAACAUGAAUUGCGAAGACUUUAAAUCAUAGGAACUGUGGAGACACAAAGGAAAUGAGUGGACACCGAAACAAAACACAUACCAGAAGUAAACCAAAAAAAUGUAGAGAUAAUCUUGAACAAUAAAUAUUCCCUUCAUCACAUCUGGGUUUCGUGUAGCAUGAAUAUAAAUAACAAAUAAAGGGAAAUAAUCACCCAAUAGUUUUAUAGUUUAUCUCCCUUGUUGCAUUACCAAGUUUAAGUUUAUAACAAAACUUCUUCCUUAGGGUAUCUACGAAUGUGACUUAAUGUAAAGAAUGGAACUUGGAAGGAGAUUUCAACAAUGUAAUAACUUUCACGUUUUUCUUGUUUGAUUAUUUUUACCAUUAGUUAUCUAUGCCACUAUGACAGUAUAUCAUUACCUUAUUGUUUGAACUCCGCGUUUUACUGAGAACAGUAAGGUUAACAAUGGUUUAAAAUUGAUUUAGUUGAAUUGGUAGAUAAGCAUGUUAUAAAGCCUUGUCUGUGAAGUUAUAAGGAUUAAAUAUCGAAAAGACAAAAUUGCAUCCAUUUCAGCUGCACUAGAUGUGUAUAGAUGGUUAUUCAAUAUACUAUAAGGAUAUAGCAUCCUACACCUUGUUUUACUGAUGGAGUGAAAACUGUAAUCUGGUAGAACUACCCACUCAUCGUUGAGAUUUGACAGCAGGGUAAAAUAAAUCAGACUUUUUCGACAAAUAUAUCCACACCAAAUCUAAUUGGGAAUGUCCAUCGAAAUAACUCGUUCUGUUCAUUUUAUAAAUCAUUCUUAAUGAACAGGAACUAUGCACAUAAUACACGUUUUCUAUCAAACUUUACUUUCUAAUAACACAACAAAACAUGUAGAAUUAAAUUGUCCUAUUUUUAUUAGUAAUUAAACAUCUAGAAAAGUAAAUGUUACUUCGUAUUAAUUAUACAAGCAUGGCACUUUGUAACAGGAAAACAAAAAUGUUUGAUUAAUUGUCACUUUAUACCAAGAAAAUACAAAUUAUUUGAUUAAAUA